AUUACAUUGGACUCUGUGCAAAGAUUCGACAACAAAGCAUCUCCCAGACUGUGUGCCUCGGUGUCCUUUCCAACGAGAACCUUAAGCUUUCAGAGUGACCUCCUGGUAAUUGAGAGGAGCACGUUGGUCAAGAGUGUUUCCGACAUUGAUCUUUUGGCUGUCCUGCCCAAGGUUUCAGAAUUGAAGAAACAAUUUGAAAAGACCAGAGAGAGUGCUUCUGGAAUGAACAGGAAGGAGAGGGUGGCCCGGCGGCUGGAGGGGUUCGAGGGGGACGCCCCGCCGGCCCUGGUGCCCGGGGGUCCGGUAGCCAAUAGGAUGCUGGAGGAGGACUCCCCACGCUACACGCGCGCAUCAGACCACUGUGAGCCGCGCCUGAAGGUGAGGCGCUACACCCGAGAGGAGAUGGACGCGCCCCAGACGCACGCCGGGUCUCCGGACAGGUCGUCGUCGCGGGUCAGAGUCGGUGGCGGCGGCGGCGGCGGUGGUACCCGCGCCCCGGCGCACACGGCGGUCCGCGCUGAGCCCGUCUCCGCGUCGUCCGGCGCCUCGUCGGCGGCGGCGGACGCCGGCGGCCUCAGCUCCAAGGCCGAGCGCAUCGCCCGCUACAAAGCCGAGCGGCGGCGGCAGCUCUCUGAGCGCUACGGCAUCCUCCUGGACCAGGAGCCCGACCUGGACUACACGCCGCGCUACCGGUCCCGCCGCGAGGGCCAGCAGGACCCGCCCGGCCCGCAGCCGCCGCCGCCGCCGCCCCCUAGCGCCCGUCGGGACAGAGACAGGGACAGGCCGGUGGUCGGCGAGGACGGGCCGGAGCCCAGGGUACCCUACAGCUCCGGCGUGGGCCGGGUUCACAUGCGCACCCAACCGGAGAAGGACUCCCCAGCCGGUACCGGUUCCGGCCACCACGCCCACCCCGCCCAAGCCCCGCCCCCGACACACGAACGGCCCGGCCGGUUCUCGGAGCGGGAGAGGGCCAUGAACACGGAGAACCACCGGCGGGGGGGCGGCGGAGGAGGAGGGGCCAAGGAGCACGCCGUCGCUGCGGCGUCCAGACCCAGGAGCGAGGAGCAGCACCAGGCGCCCCAGACCUCACUGCAACGUCCGUCCCCCCCCCAGCACCAGCACCCCCCGCCGCCCCCGGAGCCCGGCCAGCCCCCCUCCUCCUCCAGCAGGGCGGACUUCAGCGUGGCGUCGGUGCCGAGCUCUCCGCGUAGCGCCCGCCGCAACUCGCUGCCCUCCCCGCGCUACGGCGUCUCCCCCGGAGACCUGUUCAUCGAGCAGCAGGCCCAGAGCAUCCUCAGCAGACAAGGAAUCAGAGCGAGAGAGAGGUUACCACGGGAUGAAGCCGUCCACAGGCCAUCCGAGUGGAGUCCAGACGGCCCCCAGGGGAACCGACCCCAGCGUCAGGCCGGUGGCGAUGCUCCUCAGUACGCCGUCAAACAGCAGCAGCACUCAGACUACCCAGACUACCAAAGGUCUGCGGCCCCCCGUCCACAUCCGGGCACGGGGCGCGAGUCGGAACCGACCGGCGCCCCCGGCACCGGGCCGCCGGGUCCGCCGGAGGUCCAGCGCCGGAGGAGGGUCAGCGCCGACCAGAUCUACGCCACACACAGGGAGGCCCGCCUGGAGGCCAGACAGGAGGCCCGGCAGGCGCUGAAGGCGGAGCCCCACACGGCGGGCCUGCUGAAGAGCAGGAAGGCGGUGCUGCCCUCGGAGAUCCGCCGGCGGGAGAGGAGCCAGGACGGAGGGCAGAGCGACGACAGCGAGCCGGAGACGUUGAGUCCCCGGAUGCGGCGGGCGACCAUGUCCGGGGACGACUGGAAGAGGGAGCGGCCUGCGGAGAGAGGCCUGGACGACCGAGUGCGAGGGCCGGUCGCCGCCGGUGAGAGGUCAACCGGAGGUACCCGGCAGGGUCUGGACGGCCAGGAAGGGAGGGCGUCCAGGUGGACGGAGCCACAACCCCCGCCUCCCCACGCCACCCCACCACGCCAACAUCCCCAGCAGCAGCAGCAGCAGCAGCAGCAUCCUGAGCAGGUGUACCACAGGGAACCCGUUCGCCAGCAUCAACCGUUUCAGGUGUCGCACGAUCCCCCAAAACGAGAACAGUACGAGCCGCCGUAUGAAGCAGCCUGGAACCGCACAGAGGGCGACAGGCAGCGGGACUUUGAGUCCCGACAGCCAGAGUCCCAACGAUUCCAGCGGGAACUACAAAGGAGACCUCAAGAGAUCCCUCUGCAACCCCCUCAGGAGGUGCCACGGCAACGGCACCAGCAGAGCGAACUGCAACAGCCUCAGGAGUUCCCAGUGAAACGCCACCAAGAGAUCCCACUGCAACAUCCCAGGGAAAUACCGUUGCAGCACCCUCAGGAGCUCCAAAGGAGACCCCGAGAGAUCCCACAGCAACGCCCUCAGGAGACGCCACGGCAACGCCAACAGGAGAUCCCACUGCAACACCCGCAGGAGAUCCCACGGCAACAACUCCAAGAGAUCCCAAUGCAACGGCCUCAGGAGAUCCCACUGCAACGCCACCAGGAGUUGCCACGACAUCACCACCAGGAGAUCCAACUGCAACACCCGCAGGAGAUUCCACAGCAACAACUCCAAGAGAUCCCAAUGCCACGGCCCCGGGAGAUACCACCGCAGCACCUGCAUGAGAUCCAACUGCAACGCCCUCAGGAGAUCCCACGGCAACGCCACCAAGAGAUCCCUUUGCAACAGCCUCAGGAGAUCCCACUGCAACGCCACCAGGAGAUGCCACGACAUCACCACCAGGAGAUCCAACUGCAACGCCCUGAGGAGAUCCCACGGCUAUGCCACCAGGAGAUCCAACUACAAAACCCCCGGGAAAUACCCCUGCAGCACCUGCAGGAGAUCCCAGGGAAACGGCACCAAGAGAUCCAACUGCAACGGCCUCAGGAGCCCCAGAUCCAGCGCCGGCAGGCCCCGACCCAGGAAGUCCCCCAGGAACACCAGCGAUCAGACCCGGCGGUGUACCUCCAGGACACCUCGUCCACCAGCAGGCAGUCGAAUAGCAGCAACGGAGGGGGACCCAAGCCUAAAGUCCGCGUCCGCUCCAUGUCGGACGUGGGCAUGGGCCAGCGCCCGGCCAUGUACCGCGCCGCAGAGCGGGCGUCGGCGUGCCGGGAGGUGGCGGCGGGCCGGGAGGUGGCCCUGGCCUCGGCUGCCCUGGGGCUGGCCAACGGGGAGGUGGGAUCCCUGGACACCCGGGUGUCCGUAGCUCGGCUGCGCCACUCCUACCUCGAGAACGCCAACCGCAAGCCCGAGCUGGAGCCCGCUAAAGUAGAGCCGUCGGCGGUGGAGGUGGAGCCGGCUCCCGGCGGUGGAGCGGUGGAGCGGGACAUCGGUGUCCUCCGGAGGCCCCGGCGCUACAUCACCCCGGGGCAGGACAGCCGCAUGUCCGAGCGCUUCCGGACCCAGCCCAUAACCUCCGCGGAGCGCAUGGAGUCCCAUAGGUCUCGCAUGAGUCCAACCCAGCAUCAGGAGGCUGAUGCCACAGAUGAGCAGACGCUAGACGAGAGAGCCAAGAUGAGCGUGGCGGCCAAGAGAUCCCUCUUCAGGGAGCUGGAGAGGGCGUCAGACGGCGGCGUUCCCAAGCCUCGCUCCCGUAACGUGGCGGUGGAGCGCCGCCUCCGUCGGGUGCAGGACCGAUCCCACACCCAGCCCGUCACCAGCCGGGAGGUGGACACCGCCACCACGGACACUGAUGUGACAUCACAUCCUGUUGUCGUUCACACUGCGGCCCGAAACUCUAGCCCAACUUUAGUCAAAACCACCACGACCAGCUUCAGCCCUAGCACCCAGAGCACCCCCCUGCUCCAGGAGCGCACCCAGGGCCAGGAGAAGGAGAACCCGGACCCCCGGGCGCCCCAGCGAGGCCAACCCCCUCCCACAGGGGGAGGGGGGGACCAGGGGGGAGAGGGCCAGGGGGUCCCGUCCUCGGACGAACCCGACCUGUCCAGCCUGAGCCUGGCGGAGAAGAUGGCCCUGUUCAACCGCCUCUCGGGCCCCCAGAAGGCCCACGAGGAGGAGGUGGAGGAGGCCGGGGCCGGGGGUAGGGUGGGGGACACCCGACUGCGCAGGGCCAACGCCCGCUUUCAGACCCAGCCCAUCACCCAGGGGGAGGUGGACCAGGAGGCUGAGCCGACGGGUACCCCCGCGGUAUCCAGCGGCGGCAAUCAGGGAGGACACGUAAGCUCGACCCUGCUGCAUAUCACGUGUUACUGUCGCCACUCCAUGUUUUUGUGGCAGUCUGGCAGCCUCUGUGGUGUCCUGCUUUGUGAGCCGGUGACCCGUGGUCUUUUGCUGCAGCUUGUCCGAGCUGAAGGCUCACUGCAGAACGGAGGCGGGGCCAAGCUGGAGCCCCUCUCGGCCGCCCUGGUCCGCUCGGUGGCGGCCGUCACCUCCCACGCCUCGGUCACCACCGUCGCCAUGGCGACCAGCAGGAGCAGCAGCAGUGGCGGGGGCGUCCGCGAGCGCGACCGUGAUGGUGGCGGCGGCGGUGGCGGCGGGGAAUCCGUGGGCUCACCAGCACCAUUGCCACCAGCGCCGCCACGACACAAGCAGCAGCAGCAGCAGCAGCAGCCGCCGGUGGGCCCUACCGCCCCCAACCAGGAGAGGGCGCUCAGAUACUUCGCCAUGACCCAGAGCGGGGACCCCGGCAGCCCCCACGAGGCAGCCGAGCCCGCCUCCCCUCCCCGCCUCCUCCCCCCCCACCCGGCAGAGGAGGGGGAGGGCAGGGAGGAGGAGGAGGGGGAGGAGGGCUGGAGAGGGAUAAAGAGAGAGGCAGCAGCAGCAGCAGCAGCAGCGGCGGCGGCGGCGGCAGUGCUCAGCGUCUCUCCUUCGGCACAGGCUGUGAGGAGCCAGGAGAGGAGCAGCGAGAGGAGCAGCGAGAGGAGCAGCGGGAGGAGCCGGGCGCCGGGCUGUGCAGACCCGUCCGAGCACGCCGCGUCGGUGAGGACCUCCAGCACCACCGUCUCGUCCCGGACUGUCUCGCUCAUCUCCAGCUCCCAGCAGCAGACCCACGUCCAGCAGCCCCAGAACCCCUCCCAAACCAUCGCCCCGCCAUCCCCACCGCGCCCACAGCCUCCACCGCCGGCCCCGCCCACGCCCCAGCCCCUCUACCCUCUGAUCACCUCGCCUCAACCCCCCGCAGCCCCGCCGGCGACCCACCCCAAACCCCAGCUCCCCCAGCCGCCGCAAGCCCCGCCCAGGCCCCAAGGCUUCGCCCAGCCCCUCCCCAAGCCCCAGCACCCCCAGACCCAACCCCGCGGUCAGGCCCCCCCUCCGCCGGCCCCCAAGGGCCCCGCGCCGCCCCCGACCCUCCCCAAGCCCCAGACCUACCCGCUGGUCAAGUCCCAGUCCCUGCCUCUGGAUCCCUUCCAGGACUUCGGCGGCGAGCUGAUCUCCCCCAGCGACUCCGCCGACCGCCUGUCCGACAUCAUGACCUCCAAGCAGAUGUCCAUCAAAGACAGGCUUGCCCUGCUGAAGAAGAGCGGCGAGGAGGACUGGAGGAACCGCAUCAACAAGAAACAGGACGUGGUCAAAGCCGCCGCCGCCGCCGCCACAGAGUCACAGCAGCAGGUCCAGCUGUGGGAGGCGGAGCAGUCCUACAUGAAGAAGGAGGAAUCCGUGGUCAUUCAGGACUACUCUGCUGUGUCUAUGUCCCAACAGCUAUGGGAGCCUGUCUUCUCCUCCACCUAUUCUCCCAACCUCUCCCUGGGACAAAAGUGUCUGUAUGUCGACCGCACCGCUCAGAGGAUGGGCGAGGAGAUCGUGGAGUCCCAGAUGAGCAUCGAGGAGCGGAAGCAGAUGAUCUCCACCCGCGAGGACGCCUGGAAGAGCAGAGGGCGGGGCGUGGCCAACGACUCCAGCCAGUACACCGUGGCCGCGCGCAUGGUGAAGAAAGGGCUGGCCGCCUCCUCCUCGGUCAUCAGCCCUAUCCUGUCACCAGUGGCUGGAAGGUUCAAGAACAGCAGCCCUGCUGUCAGCAAGCCCCAGGAGGACAUCGAGGCCAAACCAGACAUGGAGUCAGACAAGAAGCUAGACAAGCUGGAAACCUUCUUGGGGCGUCUGAAUAGCAAAGUGGCGGACCUGCAGGAGACCACCCUGACGGUCACCGAGAGGGCCGUGAAGGAGGUGAUGAAGCUCGACGACGAGAUCUUCUCCAAGUUCUACCGCCACGUGGUGGACCUUCCCUGCAUGCCCACGCGGAUCGAGGACGACUUCGACGCCAUCUUCGGCUGCCAGGGUCCCAAGCUGACCUCGGCCAUGGUGCAGCACAAGCGCUCUGUGCGCCCGUCCCGUAACGUGCAGUCCUCCAGGAACCCGGUGAAGAUGCUGGCGGCGCGCCAGGACAUCCGGCACGAGUACACGGAGCAGCGGCUCAACAUCGGCCUGCUGGAGAGCAAGAGGAUCACCGCCGAGAAGAUCAGCAAGACGUCAGAGUACUCGGAGGCGGCGCUGGCCGGCCUGGCCUCCAAGGAGAACUUCAGCGGGGUCAGCCUGCGCAGCGUCAACAUCACCCAGCAGAUGUCCAACAACAGCGCCGCGCCCUACAAGAACCUCAUGCUCAUGCAGGUCAAAGGACGUCGCCACGUUCAGACCAGGCUAGUGGAGCCCAGAGCGUCGUCCCUGAACAGUGGGGACUGCUUCCUGCUGGUCACGCCGGACCAUUGCUUCCUCUGGAUCGGCGAGUUCUCCAACGUCAUCGAGAAAGCCAAGGCAGCAGACCUGGCCGCCUACAUCCAGACCAAGAGAGACGUGGGCUGCAGGGCCCUCCAGGUGCAGACCGUCGAGGAGGCCGUGAACCCGCAGGGCCCCGUGGCUCAGGAGUUCUGGGCUGUGCUGGGCGGACAGGCCUCCUACCGACCGGCGGGACCAGCAGACGAGGACGAGCACUUUGAGAACGGCAUCGUGGAGACCAACUGCAUCUUCCGCCUGCUGGACGACAAGCUGGUCCCGGACGACGACGAGUGGGGCAAGGUCCCGAGCUGCACCCUGCUGGAGGCCAAGGAGGUGCUGGUGUUUGACUUUGGCAGCGAGGUGUACGUGUGGCACGGCAAGGAGGUGACCCUGGCCCAGAGGAAGGUGGCCUUCCAGCUGGCCAAGCACCUGUGGAACGGCACCUUCGACUACACCUGCUGCGACAUCAACCCCCUGGACCCCGGCGGCUGCAACACGCUCAUACCCAGGAAAGGCCAAGGCCGUCCCGACUGGGCCAUCUUCGGCCGGCUAACGGAGCACAACGAGACCAUCUUGUUCAAGGAGAAGUUCCUGGAUUGGAGCGAGACCAAGACCCAGGCCCCGAAGGGCGGCGAGGAGCGGCCCACCGAGCAGAAGGACUCCCCGCCGCCGCCCGGUAAAGGGGAGUGCCGGCCGUACGACGCCGGCCUCAUGCUGCCCGUCCUGCAGACGUCCGUGUCCACCGUGCUGGACGGUGGGGACGUGGGCCGGGGCCACGGCCCCGUGGGGGACCGCGAGGACCGCCUGCGCACCCUGGAGAUCAGCACGGUGGGCGUGGAGGUCUGGCACAUCCUGGAGUUCGACUACAGCCGCCUGCCGCGCCUCAGCAUCGGCCAGUUCCACGAGGGCGACGCCUACGUGGUCAAGUGGAAGUACAUGGUCAGCGCCACAGUGGGCCGGCGGCAGAACCCGGAGGCGCGGAGCUCGGGGCCCGGGAAGGAGAAGUGCUGCUACUUCUUCUGGCAGGGCCGCCACUCCACGGCCAGCGAGAAGGGGACGUCGGCGCUGAUGACGGUGGAGCUGGACGAGGAGCGCGGCGCCCAGGUUCCAGUGCAGCAGGGUAAAGAGCCCCCCUGUUUCCUGCAGUGCUUCAACGGCGGGAUGAUCGUCCACGCCGGCAAGAGAGAGGAGGAGGAGGAGAACACUCUGAGCGACUGGCGUCUGUACUGCGUGCGGGGCGAGGUCCCGGUGGAGGGCCACCUGCUGGAGGUGGCGUGUCACUGCACCAGCCUGCGCUCCCGGGCCUCCAUGAUCCUGCUCAACGUGCACAAGGCCGUGCUCUACCUGUGGCACGGCUGCAAGGCCCCGGCACACGUCUGCGCCGUGGGCAAGACGGCCGCCCGCAAGAUCAAGGAGCAGUGUCCUCUGGAGGCGGGGCUCCACAGCAGCAGCAACGUCACCAUCCACGAGUGUGACGAGGGGGCGGAGCCAGCCGGCUUCUGGGAGGCCCUAGGCCAGAAGGACAGGAAGUGCUACGACUGCAUGCUGCAAGACCCGGGCAAAUUCAACUUCACCCCGAGGCUCUUCCAGAUGAGCAGCACGUCCGGGGAGUUCGUGGCCAACGAGCUGUCCCACCCGUCCCAGGCCCAAGACCUGGUCAGCUCCCUGCCCUUCCUCCAGGAGGACCUGUACAACGCAGCCCAGCCCGCUCUGUUCAUGGUGGAUAACUUCCACGAGGUGUACCUGUGGCAGGGUUGGUGGCCCCAGGACAGCGAGGUGCCUGGCUCCGCCCGCAUGCGCUGGGACACGGACAGGAAGUGCACCAUGGAGACCGUGCUGCAGUACUGCAAGGAGAAGAAUGAGAAGAAGCCCAUUAAGUCGUACCUGAUCCACGGCGGUCUGGAGCCGCUCACCUUCACCAACAUGUUCCCCAGCUGGGAGCACCGCGAGGACAUCGCCGAGAUCACAGAGAGGGAAGCGGAGGUGUGUAGUCAGAUCAUCCUGGUGGAGGACGUCCUGGCCCGGCUGAGCCAGAACGCCUACUCCCUGUCCCAGCUGCUGGCCCGGCCCCUGCCCGAGGGCGUGGACCCCCUGCGCCUGGAGAUCUACCUCUCGGACCAGGACUUUGAGAAAGGGUUGGACAUGAAGAGGGAAGAAUACGAAGGUCUACCAGGGUGGAAGCAAGUGAACUUGAAGAAGGCGAAGGGACUGUUUUAAAAGGAAGACGCACGCGGUGGCGUCGAGGUGGGACGUGGACAGAGGGUGAAAGGUCAAAGACGAAGGAGAAAGAGGCUUUUAGUUGAGCGACCGGUGACCUCUGCGUCAAGGACGACGGAUUGCAGCCUUGCACACUGAUGAUGUAAUGAAAUGGUUGUAAAGGGUGAAUACCAAAACAAACACACAAAAAAAGGACUUGUUUGCUAAUACAUUGUACAUGGUUCUGCUCCUGGUCUCUUGCACUUAACUUCCCGCUCAUGAUGUGGACAACAUGCGCUUUUCACACACACACACACACAGGCACAAUGUGUGCGAUAGUUAUUUUCUUUUCUUGGGAUGUGUGUGUGUGUGUGCUUGCGUCCGUUUAUGGGUGUUUGCGUGUAUGUUUGUGACUGCGUACUUUUUUUUAUAGGUGUAUACAAAUGUUUGCGUGUAUGUCUGUUAGGGUUAACUAUGAGUAUGUAUGCGGGACGGGACGGAGGGUUGUGUGUGUUCUAGGUGUGCUUGUGUGUAUAUGUUUAUUUGUGUCUCCGUAAGAGCAAAACUAGGACUGGUGGGGGCGGGGGGGGGGUCACAAUGUGUAUGUAUUUUCUGAUGGUGUUCCCGUCAAUGCAGAUGAGAGCCAAAAGAGCUGGCCUGAAUAGACUCGCUCGCUCGCUCUUCACUGGGACUCAACGUUAGCUUGACUUAUCGUUAACAAGCAUCAAGGAAAAGCUACGGGGAAAAAAAAGGAACCAGAUUUAUUUUAAUGUAUAGUGCCUUGCUUUGUGUACAGUUUAUAUACAAGAAUUAUAGUCUGUAUUUCGAAAGACUCCCUUUGUGAUAUAAGGUUUAGUGGAAUAAAUCAUGGGGCUGACCGAAUCAAUCAAACCACCUGAGUUCACUUGUCUGUUUCUACUGUCUCAUGUGACCCAUGGCGUGUUGAGUCAGUCUACCUGAAGACUCCUGAAACACCUUCUUCGUCUUAGUGAUGAACCACAAAAAACAAUUGUGAAUAUGCAAUUAUGCAAAAAAUGAAAAUAAUAGUAAUUGGUUUUACAUUUGAAGAUAAGUCACUUGGAACUUUAUUAAAUCCAUGGUUGAGGUAUACAGUAUACAAUACAGUAUACAGCAUGCUACCAUUACUUUUUUGUUCAAUAGGUAGUGCUAAGUGACCACAGUCUGGAUGCCCUAAAGUGCAGCCUGCCGGAAAAGCGAGGGUCUCAAGGGUGGUAACAUGGUGCGUGCUUCUGUUAAAUCAAAGUAAGUAUUUUUGUUCUUCGAUCCAUUAGCUCGUAGCGUAUCACUUUAUCCCUCUAUAAUGCAUCACGAACGUCGGUUCAUUUCGGAAUUAAAAUAUAUAUAUUUCUCUAAAAAGUCAAUGGGAAAUAAAAUGCAUUACUCGGAAAGCUACCACUAGAUGGCGUAGUUGAUACAUUCGCUCCGCAUUGCGACAUACCAGGAAAGAGGUAAUGGUAUAUUAGUUAGCGUUAGCGGUAGUAGGCCAGUCUCUUCCUCUACUACUGCAAUCGGGUAUCCCCGAUAACGCCAUGUAAAAUCCGACAUGGAGGAAAAAAAACGUCUCAGAACUGCUUUCUAAUAUUUUAUUGUGAUGGGAGUGAUAAAAAAACAGCCCAAAAAUAAACAAUACAAAAAAAAGACAGUGAGUGUACAAAGUUUCUUUAGGGCAAAACGUAAAUGUAGCCUUUGACCAAAACGUUAACAAUGGAACAAAGUUGGCACAGAGCAGGGACAUUUAAAAAAAGGUGAGUUGGGAAACGGGGUUAAUCUAAAUUUGGCUUUGAUAAAAACAAGUGGGAGCAACAGGUAACAUACAUGUUCAGCACAACACCCUUCAUAACAACGGCAAGGACUCAUGCGUUAGUCAAAUCACAGAGCUGUAGGAUUCAGUAGCUUUGUAACAAUGCGAGGAUCGGACCGGACAGGGCCAGCAAGCGGAUGCACAUGUAACACAUCUUCAUUCCCGUGGCUUUACUUCGUUCUUCGUCUUCGUCAUUUUCUUUAUUUUUUUUAUAGCUUAAAACAAGGUAUGCUUACAUAAUACAUUUUGUUGGAUUGUAACAAACGUUAGUCCCCCCAGAACAACAAUUUUGGGAUUUGUUUUUGUUUUUUUUCAGUUUGCUUUCUUCAGAUUAUUUUUCAUAGUAAAAUAUAUUAUUGUAUCAAUCAAACUACAGUAUUGUACACUACAAUGUGUAAUAAAUAACCAUAAAAGAAAAUAUAAAAAUAAGACACAUAAAUAUAAAAAAGUCCUUUAGUAACUAAACAGGUACUUCAUCAGUGAAAAGGGCUCUAAUACUGCCAUCGUCAAAAACAAAGACGAACAUAAAACACAGGAACACACCUAGACAAUUACUUCAUCCUAAGAACACAGAACUUAAGAACACUGUUCGGUAAAAACAAAAAAAAAUCGCAUACACAGAAAAAAAUAGACAAACCUGAAAAUGAACAAAAAGGGACCACAUUUACUAACGUUUGUUACCUGAAGUGCAGGACAACUUGCCAUUUCCUGUCUGUUUCUGUUUUCAUACAAAAAAUAAUAAAAAUCGUGCACUCCAACGGCACUCGCUUUACGAACAUGCGUAUGAAGUGUUCGAUC